UUCCCUGCGAAGCGGCCUCUGGGGCAGAAGGAGGUGGAGGCGGCGGCGGCGGCCGUUGCAGUUGCGGCGGCGACGGUGGCGGCAGCGGCGGGAGCCCGAGGCGGCGGCGCCCGCGGCCCAUCACUGGGCCCGAGCUGUGCGCCUCGGCUUGGAGCCUGGACCGGACGGGGGCGCCGACGUGCUUCAGCUUACCUUUUCAAGGAGGCGGGAGUGAGGAAAAAGGCUUAGGGCCCAGGGGGCGGGGAAGGGGGGCCGGGCCUGGAUCCGGCAGGGAGGCCGAGUCUGAGGCCGGACCGUGGCUUGUGCUGUCCCCGGGAGGCGAAUCGAACGUUGGUGAGGAGGCGCGAACGUCAGUAGCGGGUGGAACGCGGGGGCCGGGGACCGCGCGCUCGAGAGCCAUGGCGUCUGUGCAGGCUUCUCGCCGCCAGUGGUGCUACCUGUGCGAUCUGCCCAAGAUGCCGUGGGCCAUGGUGUGGGACUUUAGCGAGGCCGUGUGCCGUGGCUGUGUGAACUUCGAGGGCGCGGACCGCAUUGAGUUGCUCAUCGAUGCUGCCCGCCAGCUUAAGCGCAGCCACGUGCUCCCCGAGGGUCGUUCUCCUGGGCCCCCUGCUCUGAAGCACCCGGCUACCAAGGACUUGGCUGCGGCUGCCUCACAGGGGCCCCAGCUGCCGCCGCCGCAGGCCCAGCCCCAGCCGUCCGGGACUGGCAGUGGCGUCUCAGGCCAGGACCGUUAUGACAGAGCCACAUCGUCAGGCCGCCUCCCCCUUCCCUCACCCGCCCUGGAGUACACUCUGGGGUCUCGCCUGGCCAAUGGGCUGAGCCGCGAGGAGGCUGUGGCGGAGGGGGCGCGAAGGGCCUUGCUUGGCUCCAUGCCUGGCUUGAUGCCCCCUGGGUUGCUGGCAGCUGCGGUGUCUGGCCUGGGGAGCCGAGGCCUGACGUUGGCACCAGGCUUGAGUCCUGUCCGUCCAAUCUUCAGCUCCGAUUUCGAGAAGGAGAAGCAGCAAAGGAAUGCGGACUGUCUGGCAGAACUGAAUGAGGCCAUGCGGGGCCGGGCAGAGGAGUGGCACGGGCGCCCCAAGGCUGUGCGGGAACAGCUACUGGCGUUGUCUGCCUGUGCCCCCUUCAAUGUCCGCUUCAAGAAGGAUCACGGACUGGUGGGGCGCGUCUUCGCCUUUGAUGCUGCUGCCCGCCCUCCAGGCUAUGAGUUCGAGCUGAAACUUUUCACCGAGUACCCCUGUGGUUCUGGCAAUGUCUACGCUGGGGUCCUAGCCGUGGCUCGCCAGAUGUUUCAUGAUGCUCUGCGGGAGCCAGGCAAGGCCCUGGCCUCAUCUGGCUUCAAGUACCUCGAAUAUGAACGCCGGCAUGGCUCAGGAGAAUGGCGCCAGCUGGGUGAGCUCCUUACUGAUGGUGUCCGCAGCUUCCGCGAGCCAGCUCCUGCAGAGGCCCUGCCACAGCAGUACCCAGAGCCAGCCCCUGCUGCUCUGUGUGGCCCACCCCCACGGGCCCCAUCCCGGAACCUGGCACCCACGCCACGCCGUCGCAAGGCAUCCCCUGAGCCGGAGGGAGAGGCAGCUGGGAAGAUGACCACAGAGGAGCAGCAGCAACGGCACUGGGUGGCACCUGGCGGGCCAUUCUCCACUGAGACCCCUGGUGUGCCCUCACCCAUUGCUGCCCUGAAGAAUGUGGCUGAGGCCUUGGGCCACUCACCCAAGGACCCUGGUGGGGGUAGUGGCCCUGUGCGUGCUGGGGGCACCAGCCCCGCAGCCUCCUCCACAGCCCAGCCUCCAAUCCAGCAUCGCCUAGUGGCCCGCAAUGGUGAGGCAGAAGUCAGUCCCACUGCAGGGGCCGAAGCUGUCAGCGGGGGUGGUGGUGGCACCGGGGCGACCCCGGGAACCCCUCUGUGCUGUACCCUGUGCCGGGAGCGGCUAGAAGAUACCCACUUCGUCCAGUGCCCCUCGGUGCCAGGACACAAAUUUUGCUUUCCCUGCUCACGGGAGUUCAUCAAGGCACAGGGCCCUGCUGGGGAGGUGUACUGCCCAAGCGGAGAGAAGUGCCCACUGGUGGGCUCGUCUGUUCCCUGGGCUUUCAUGCAGGGUGAGAUCGCCACCAUCCUUGCAGGAGAUAUCAAGGUCAAGAAAGAACGGGACCCCUAGGCUACCACUGCCUCCAGGCUACUGCCCUCUGCUUCCUUACCACCGUUUCUGCGGAUAAAUUAUUCCCUCCCCGACCCAGCCCAGUGCCACCCCUACCUGUGUACAUACCCCCUUCCUCCACCCCAUGGGUCCCCUGGGGUAGACGCAUUGUGGGUGGGGGGGAGAAAGCUUGUGGCUCCCGUCUGGGGGAAUGUUCUGGGGUCCCUUGGCCCCUCCGAUUUCCCUCUUCCCUCUUUGGCUUGGCUUCGCUGCUUCUUGUAGCUAGGGGAGAAAUGCUGCCCUCCUGGAGAAAGAGCCUCUUGAAAACUCGCUCUUUAUAAAUGAGGCAAAAGCAUUUUAUGUCGCCCCCCCCCCCCAUCCUGUCUCCUUUUCCUCCUUCAAUAAACUGAAAGAUGGGGUUUUUUUCC